CUCAGACUCUCAGUUUAUUUUAUAACUGACAAUUUAAUUAUUUUGUUUUAAUUUUCAACACUGCUGUAUAUGUAACGAGGGCAUGAGGGUGGUUUCCAUAUUUCAGAUCACGGUACUUUCACUGACGUAGGAGAAUGAUUUGCAUGUGAGCUGCAGGAUUCUCCCUGACACAGCUCGAGGCCACGUGGUGCAGAAGAAACGAGCCAGUCUGCGAAACUGAUAGAUAUGAUCGUGACUUGAACUUAUGUAACCAGAAACAACGCGACGUCCCCCUUCCCACCCCUUUCCCUUCCGCGAUCUCUCUCCUUGCCAUAUAUCGUCUACUAGGACUUAACCAUCACAACCAGCAUCAGUUCUCGUUGAGGCUCCAUCAGGAAAGCACGCACAUCCAGCGUAGUCCUUCCUCCAACACCAUUUCUAAACACACCGAAAACUCUGCGCCAUGUUGCUGACAACCCUAACAGAGCUAGUGAAGCUGGUGGUGCGAACUCUAUGGCAGCGGUGGGCAGGCCGCUGCACUUCUUCCCGCGGUCUGGCUGGCAUGACCGCCAUUGUCACUGGAGCGUCGGCAGGCAUCGGGAAGGAAGCUGCCAAGGACCUGGCGAAGCGGGGGGCGCGGGUUAUUCUCGCCUGCAGGAAUGUGCCGAAGGCACAGGCGGUGGCCGACCACAUCAUCUCAGAGACAGGCAACAAGAACGUGGUGGUGCGUCAGCUGGACACCUCAGACCUCGCCUUCGUCAGGUGCUUCGCCAAGGAAGUACUGCAGACAGAGGACGCCAUUCAUAUCCUGGUGAACAACGCAGGCAUCGCUGGCAAACAGAUGCGAGAGGUGACGCGUGACGGCCUGGAGCUGACCAUGGCCACCAACUACUACGGGCACUUCCUGCUAACCAACCUGCUUCUCCCGCGUCUCAAGGCCAGCGCACCCAGCAGGAUCGUUAACGUGUCAUCGGCUGCUCAUUUCUUCACGUGGCAGAUCAACUUGAAAGACCUUAAUUUCGAGAAGAGGACCUACAGCACGAUGGCAGCGUACUCCCUCAGCAAACUGUGCAACAUUCUUUUCUCUGCCGAGUUGGCCGACAGACUGCAAGGUUCAGGGGUGACAUCCAACUCCCUUCACCCCGGGGCCGUCAGCACCGAUAUAAUUGCCCGAGCCGAGAAUUCGACCACUUGGUGGCGAAGAUAUUGCCUGCAUAUUGGUGACAUCUUACUGAGCAUAUUUGGCAAGGAUAGCGAGCUGGGCGCCCAGACAAUAAUACACCUGGCAGUGGCCGAGGAAGUGGAGGGCGUGACGGGGAAGUACUUUGACGAGUGCAAGGUAAGGACUGCACACACACACACACACACACACACACACACACGUCCAUUUUACAGAUAUUCACUUAAACACAUUCAGAUAUUGCAAAUUUUCAUUCAUAAUACAUUUUUUUUUCUUUUUCUUUAAAAGGGAGUGCCUUAAAAUUACAUAAAAUCAAUAUCUAUUUUGCUGCACUUAACCGAGCUGCGCGUAGACAGAAUCAUGGACUUUGUUAAGACGUUUCCUCAUCUAUUUAAUCUUGCAGGAGGCCAUCCCCUCGUGGCUGGCGCUGAACAACAAACUCGCUAAGUCAUUGUGGAAAGUUAGCGAGAGGGAUGUACAGUACACCCCCAAUGGGCUCUACUAAGAGAGAGAGAGAGAGAGAGAGAGAGAGAGAGAGAGAGAGAGAGAGAGAGAGAGAGAGAGAGAGAGAGAGAGACUUGAAAAUUCGCAGUUACAACAGAGAUGGAGAAGUAAAAGGGGACGAAAUGGAGGGAAAGAGGAAAGAAAAAUGUCUUUUCUUAACUAAAUAAUUACAUUAAGCAAGUCUGUAAGCGUAACAUAUACCAGGUGAAUAUCUCUAUUCAAUAGCAUUCGCUGUGUGUGUGUGUGUGUGUGUGUGUGUGUGUGUGUGUGUGUGUGUGUGUGUGUGUGUGAAUAUUUUCACCAUUCACAGAUACAAGUAUCAUCCAUACCAAGGACUCCUAAACUCUAGUGAGCACGAAACUGACUCCAUAUAAGGGAGAGCUGGUGAAACAGGAUAAAACAAAGCUAUCUUCCUAUCAUUUGUGAACCUGGCCUGCGGAUCUGCAGGGAGAAGAGGAGGAAAAGAAAUAACAUGACUAAGGCAGGUGGAG